GGUCUGUUCAAGUUAAGGUUUGUCUACUCUCUCUCUCGAUCAAUUAGCGCUCCCUGUCUCUCUCUCUCUCUCUCUCUCUCUCUCUAUCUUUCAUUUGCCAUUGACGCUAAACUACAAACCCUACACUUUCAUUCAAAUCUCGCCUGAUUUGUAUCUGAAUUCCUUAUGAGCGAAUCCGGAUUUUGUUGAAAUAUCAUGAUGAUCCUUAAUUUUUGGUUGCCUAAUUUCUAUUGAAAUGUGUGGCAGGAAUUAUAUGUUUUUUGAUGAAUUUGACAGUUUAAUGCUGAUUCAAUAUUAUCUGAAAUGCAAUUAGUAUCAAAUGAUAGUCACAAGGAAGAUAUUUCAGAAAGUGAACCCAUCUUAUGCCAGUCGACCAUUUUGCAUCAUUCGCAAGAAUCAUCAUCUUCAUGUGAAAUUAUAUCUGUAGUACAGGAUUGCGAUGGUGAUGAUUUAGAAAGUGUUCAUAUCGAUGAAACCUGUCAUCUAGUGAAUUCAGAUCAACCUCAAUGUCGUAUUUGCCUUGAUAAUGGAGGAGAAGACCUAAUUGCACCAUGCCAUUGCAAAGGCACUCAAAAGUAUGUUCAUAGGUCUUGCCUUGAUAAUUGGAGGUCAACCAAGGAGGGCUUUGCUUUUGCUCACUGCACAGAGUGCAGGGCAUUGUUUGUAUUACGUGCCAAUGUCCCUCCUGAUCGCUGGUGGUUGAGAUUGAAAUUUCAGUUCCUUGUUGCCAGGGACCAUGCACUCAUUUUUGUAGCUGUACAGCUGAUUGUUGCAUUAUUGGGGAUGCUUGUCUAUAAGUUCUAUGGGGAGGAGCUCAGGGAAAUGUUUGGCUAUGAAGAACAUCCUUAUGGGUUUUAUACAAUGGCUGUUUUAGCUAUUGUUUUGGUGGGUUUGCUCUAUGGUUUCUUCAUUGCCAUCAUUUGUGGACAAAGGAUCAAUGAACGUCAUUACCAUGUUCUUGCCAAACAAGAACUAACAAAGGAAUAUGUGGUAGAAGACCGAGAAGCUAGCAAAACUGUACCUGAACUUGAUGGCAGCCAUGUCACAGAGCUAAGAAUGUUGGGCCUUUAUUAAUUUGGGAUUCUGCAGUGUUGUAAUCUCAGUCUUGCAUUCCCGUGGAUGGGGUCAUUUUCGGAUAGUCCACAUGAAUAUGUGCAUCAUGGUGCAAGUUGGUCCUUAAUAAUUUACAUGAGGUCUUGCCUUCAUGUGAUUGCUUUUAUGUUUAGACAUGGCAUCAGGGCAUUGAGCAAAUUAAAGGCUGGAAAAGUUGGUCCUUUCCCUCACUUGUAUAUGGGGAUCUAUAGGCAUCUUCCAAUUUAAAACUACGUAGCCAGGGGUGUUUUCUCUUUGCGAAUUCCUCCACCUGUAUUUCAGUCGUUGUGUUGUGUAUUAAGAAACCAGCUCCAUAGGGAAUUGCUUGUUUGAUAUUUGUUCUUUGACGACAAAAUUGUCCAUACCUUUUUGUUUGUGAGAACAAAAAAAAUGAAUAACAAAUUGAAUUAAAAUCUUCUUUUGUCUA